UUCAGCGAACAUUCCAUCAGAUUGUGUUUGUAUGCCUACCGUAUUCACACGAUUGUUUAGUCUCUUAUUUUACCGCUAUUUUAAAGAAAGAAGACGCCUUAAAAUGUCGUUAGUCGCACAAGGCAAUGGAAAUGGGGACAAACCGGGCGAUGGGGAUAAACCGGGCGAUGGGGACAAACCGGGAAAGUGGGGACAGUGGCCAAAACAUCCAGUGAAUCCAAUUUUAAUGGCUUGUGCCUGCUGCGGCCGUGUUCAUUUUAUGCGAACAAUUCACUCGGAUGAAGUAUUCAUAGCGAUGUUGGAGCGGGGCGAUUAUAAGAGAUGGUUUAAAUUUUGCGAAAGAUGCAUCGCCUGGGGUAGAGACCGGGUGAGAGAACAACGACGCGAACGUGGAGAAUCAAGUCGAACAUCAUCACCAGAGCCUGUUGUCUCGCCCAUUACUGCAUCCGGUGUUAGUCGGCGCCCACCAGUAUCACCAGUCUCGGGAGCCGGUGCCAUUCGACGUCGCAGAAGUUCGCCAUCAUUUGAAGACGCUGAUUCACAAUCUGAUCCAAUCAUCAAAGACGAUCCCUUGAUGACGGAAAUAAUAAAUCGAAAUGCCAACCUCAUUGGUGAACGUUUAUCUAAUCCAAAUGUUUCGCCAAUACAUGUAAAUGUUUCAUCCAAUGUUGAAUAUGUUUUCGAAGAUAAUACGCCAAUUAUUAUAAACAUGGCCGACCAGCCCAUCACAUCAAUGUUCGAUGGUGCAUUACAAAUUGAUAAUAUGAAUGCACAUCAUAGUGAUAUAGACUCAUGGGAAAUGGAUGGAUCACAAGAUAAUUCAAUGGGGCAAUUCGGUCCGUUAGAUCAAGAUCUACUUAGUCAUGAAAAUCUACUCGACGAUCCAAAUCUAUUCGAAGGUCAAAAUAUACUCGAUGAUCAAAAUGAUCUAGAAGAAUUAGACGCAGAAAAUCAACAAAAUCAGCAAAAUCCACCAGCAAAUCUCUCGCCAUAUAUUUUAAGAGAUGAUGAUGUUAUAUUAUGAAAGCAGAAUUCAUCCGAUAGAAAACCAAUUCGUCGAAAUAAUUUUAAGCAGUUUUUAAGUUGUGCCGAACCGAAAAGCAAACAAAAAGUCACUAAAAGUGUAGGGAAUUGUUUCAAUAAAUAUCUGUGUGUAUUAAUUUUAGAAUGUUCUGUGCCAAGUAUUCAAAGAAAUUGUUAACAGUUUGAUAUCUUUUUUAUGUUAUGCGAACAAAAUAAAUACUUUUAUAAUU